GUAGUGCUGGCUGCUACCGUGAAUAUUCGCUGAGAAAAACUUGUGUGCAAGCUUUUUUAAAUUAUGUUCUCACUAGCCGAAAAGUGCUAUUUUUGAAAAUAGCCAUUGCUUCUUAGAAGUUAGACUUAUUGUGUAGCUGUAUCCUUUUUCAAAUAUGAAUCGACGUCAGAAUUAUAAAUUACAUUCUCCACAUGACAUGUUCAUGGCUGUACGAGUAGGUGAUUUAAGUUGGCUCAAUCAAGUUCUUAAAAGUAACGAAAGUUAUGUAAACCUAAAUGACGAAAGGGGCCUAACUUGUCUGCACGUAGCAGCGUUAGAAUGCCGAUGUGACGUUUUAAAGAGUUUAAUAAUUGAGUACCAAGUCGAUGUAAAUUUAUCUACAUCGUCAGGUUGGACAGCCCUCCAUUUUUCUAUCAAUAGUAGCAAGGUCAAGAAAUCUUACGAAUGUGUUCAGUACCUUCUUAGUCAAGGAGCAGACGCAAAUCGGUGUACCUCAGCCUUGAUUUACCCGUUGCAUCUGGCUGCGUCUUGUGGUCACGUUUCAGCCACCGAGCUUCUUCUAAAGCACAAUGCGGUUGUGGAUGUUACCGACGAACGAGGUCAGUCACCUUACAUCAUGGCUAUGAUAUGGGGCCAUAAAAACGCUGCUCGUGUUCUAGCACAUAGCGUGUGGAUAAAAACGAAACAAGACGAAGCUUACCAGCGUCAGGCUUUCCAAAAAUAUUGUGCAAAAAUAGAUAAAGAAAAACGAACCAACAACGAACUAGUAGAAACUGGAAAGAAACUUAGAGCUGAAAAAUGUUAUCAAAACUGGCUUCAGAAAAAUUGUCUUAUUGUGAACAAUUCACUAGGUUUGGAAGCAAAAGAAAAGAAAGAGGCUUCGUCCAAAAUUUCUGAAGAGAAGGAUAUAAGAUACAAACCUGUUAGAACUAGGAAGGAUAAACAAUCAACGGCAGAUGUGGUAGAGCUAGAUCGACACGUGAAACUGAUUCAAUUAUCAACCCCUAUGAAGCAUUAACCAUUUUGUUUUGCAUAUGUUGACUCGCGCGUACUAUAUACGUACUUUAUCAAAGAUACACACCGAAGUUUUACACAAA